AUGCCCGCCGUGGACAAGCUGCUGUUGGAGGAGGCUUUGCAGGACAGCCCCCAGACUCGCUCUUUACUGAGUGUAUUUGAAGAAGAUGCUGGCACCCUCACGGAUUAUACCAACCAGCUGCUCCAGGCCAUGCAGCGCGUCUACGGAGCCCAGAAUGAAAUGUGCUUGGCCACUCAACAGCUUUCUAAGCAGCUGCUGGCAUAUGAGAAACAGAAUUUUGCUCUUGGCAAAGGUGAUGAAGAAGUAAUUUCUACACUUCACUACUUUUCCAAAGUGGUGGAUGAGCUUAAUGGUCUCCAUACGGAGCUGGCUAAACAGUUGGCAGACACAAUGGUUCUACCUAUUGUACAAUUUCGGGAAAAGGAUCUCACAGAAGUCAGCACUUUAAAGGACCUCUUCGGACUCGCCAGCACUGAGCAUGACCUCUCCAUGGCAAAAUAUAGCAGGCUUCCUAAGAAAAAGGAGAAUGAAAAGGUGAAGACGGAGGUGGUGAAGGAGGUGGCAGCUGCCCGGCGGAAACAGCACCUCUCGUCCCUUCAGUACUACUGCGCCCUCAACGCGCUGCAGUACCGGAAGCGCAUGGCCAUGAUGGAGCCCAUGCUGGGCUUCGCCCACGGACAGAUUAACUUCUUUAAGAAGGGAGCAGCGAUGUUUUCCCAAAGUAUGGACAACUUCUUAUCCUCCGUGUCCAACAUGGUUCAGAGCAUUCAGGUGGAACUGGAAGCCGAAGCAGAGAAGAUGAGGGUGUCCCAGCAAGAGCUCCUUUCUGUGGACGAAUCUGUUUAUACGCCUGACUUCGAUGUGGCUGCACCACAGAUCAACAGGAACCUCAUCCAGAAGGCCGGCUACCUGAACCUUAGGAGUAAGACGGGGCUGGUCACCACCUCCUGGGAGCGGCUGUACUUCUUCACCCAAGGCGGGAACCUCAUGUGCCAGCCCAGGGGGGCCGUGGCCGGCGGCCUGAUCCAGGACCUGGACAACUGCUCUGUGAUGGCGGUGGACUGUGAGGACCGGCGCUACUGCUUCCAGAUCACCACCCCCAACGGGAAAUCGGGGAUAAUCCUCCAGGCAGAAAGCAGAAAGGAGAAUGAAGAGUGGAUCUGUGCCAUCAACAACAUCUCCAGGCAGAUCUACCUGACGGACAACCCCGAGGCCGUCGCCAUCAAGCUGAACGAGACGGCUCUCCAAGCAGUGACCCCCAUUACAGGUUUCAGAAAAAAACAAGAAAGCCCGUGCCCCAGCCCAAACCUGGAAAACUCAGAGGUGAAAAAUGACAACACUGUUCCCAAAGCAGCCGUCAGCGUACCUGAAGCUGAAGAACUCAUUGCGCCUGGAACACCCAUUCAGUUUGAUAUUGUACUUCCCGCCACAGAAUUCCUGGAUCAGAACAGAGGGAGCAGGCGUACGAACCCUUUUGGUGAGACUGAGGAUGAUGCGUUUCCAGAGGCAGAAGAUUCUCUUUUGCAACAGAUGUUCAUAGUUCGGUUUUUGGGAUCGAUGGCAGUUAAAACAGACGGCACUACCGAAGUGAUCUACGAGGCGAUGAGACAAGUGCUGGCAGCACGGGCUAUUCAUAACAUCUUCCGUAUGACAGAAUCCCACCUGAUGGUCACCAGCCAGAUGCUGAGGUUAAUAGACCCUCAGACUCAAGUAUCCAGAGCCAAUUUUGAGCUCACCAGUGUCACCCAGUUCGCUGCUCAUCAAGAAAACAAGAGACUGGUUGGCUUUGUGGUCCGCUUGCCUGAAUCCACAGGUGGAGAGUCUCUGAGCACUUACGUUUUUGAAAGCAACUCAGAAGGCGAAAAGAUAUGUUACGCUAUUAAUUUGGGAAAAGAAAUCAAUGAGGUUCAAAAGGAUCCAGAAGCAUUGGCUCAAUUAAUGCUGUCCAUACCACUAACCAAUGAUGGAAAAUAUGUACUGUUAAACGAUCAGCCAGAGGACACUGAUGGAAGUCCACGUGAAAAUGCGGGCGCAGAAUCCGAAGCAUAA